AUGAGGAAGUGGCUCAGAGCUGGAGCCCCGAGGCCCAAGGGCUGUGCCCCAGGUGUGGGCAAGAGCAGUUUACUGUUACGGUUUGCAGACAACACUUUCUCAGGCAGCUACAUCACCACGAUCGGCGUGGACUUCAAGAUCCGCACCGUGGAGAUCAAUGGGGAGAAAGUGAAGCUGCAGAUCUGGGACACGGCCGGCCAGGAGCGCUUCCGCACCAUCACCUCCACGUAUUAUCGGGGAACGCAUGGGGUCAUUGUGGUUUACGACGUUACCAGUGCCGAAUCCUUUGUCAACGUCAAGCGGUGGCUUCAUGAAAUUAACCAGAACUGUGAUGACGUGUGCCGAAUAUUAGUGGGGAACAAGAACGAUGACCCCGAGCGGAAGGUAGUGGAGACGGAAGAUGCCUACAAAUUCGCCGGGCAGAUGGGGAUCCAGCUGUUCGAGACCAGUGCCAAGGAGAAUGUCAACGUAGAGGAGAUGUUCAACUGCAUCACAGAGCUGGUCCUCCGAGCAAAGAAGGACAACCUAGCGAAACAGCAGCAGCAGCAACAGAACGAUGUGGUGAAGCUCACGAAGAACAGUAAACGAAAGAAACGCUGCUGCUAAUGGCCCGGCCAGGCCCUAGCAGGGACUGCAC